CUUCAUGCAAAAUCAUAACAUUGGAUACUCGCAUCAGAAAAAAGAUUUCAAAAAUGAAAGUGAGGAAUUUCAAUCUUUGCCAGGAAAUUAAGCGCACGAAAUGAUGAGAGACAGGAAUGAUGUUCCCAUGGUGCAGUCGGAAAAUGAGAUAUUUGUGGACAGUAGCAACAUUGUUGGCAACGAAUCGCUAGGAGGAGAUGGAGAGCUAUUGCCUGAGGUUGGAAUGACAUUCGCGAGUGAGACAGAGUUGUUUGACUUCUACAAGAGAUAUGCUUACGCCGUUGGCUUUCCUGUGAGGAGAAGGAAUUCAAAAAAGGACGACGACGGAGUAGUCAGAUAUGUGACAUUCACGUGUGGUAGUGAAGGGCGAAGAAGUAAUAAUAGUACCACUGUUUUGAAGCCACAACCAACGAGUCAAAUAGAUUGUAAAACGAGGAUAUCUGCAUCUGUAGAUGUCCUUGGAAAAUGGAGAAUCAACACUGUGAACCUUAAGCACAAUCACAAAACAAGCCCUUCGAAAUCUAGACUUUAUCGAUGCAACAGAGAACUAAGUGCAAUUGUGAAAAGAAAGCUUGAGGUGAAUGAUGUGGCAGGAAUUCCACUUCACAAAAGCUUCAACUCCACAGUUGUGGAAGCAGGUGGAUACGAAAAUAUGACUUAUGUUGAGAGGGAUUGUCGGAACUAUAUUAAACGGGUGAGAAUAUUAAGACUAGGAAAAGGAGAUGCCGCAGCUUUGCAAUCAUACUUUUCGAAGAUGCAGUCACAGUGUUCAGGAUUUUAUUUCAGUAUGAAUUUAGAUGACGAGGGACGCCUAAAGAAUGUAUUUUGGGCAGAUAAUAGGUCUAGACAAGCAUACAAAGAGUUCGGAGAUGUUGUCACGUUUGAUACCACGUAUCUCAUGAAUAAGUAUAAUAUGUCUUUCACACCUUUUGUUGGAGUAAAUCACCACGGACAAUCAACACUGCUUAGUUGUGAUAAGGCUAUGCAAAAUGCGAUUGCGAUUGUCUUUCCAAAUGCAAAACACAGAUGGUGUUUAUGGCACAUCAUUAAGAAGUUGCCUGAAAAGUUUCGCUAUCACAAUGAUAAAAGUUCAAUAUUUUCUUGUAUGCAUGAUCUAGUAUACGAUUCGCAACGCGAGGACGAAUUUGAAAAUGGCUAG